AUGAGGACAUGGACUCUGCUCCCCGCCAAUCUGCUGCGAACUACCGACAUUUCCCUGAACCUUGUUGGUAAUGCCGUCAACCAGUUCUCAGCCAACACCGCAGACCCUUUCCAAGUCGAUGCGGACGUCACUGUCGACGGCAUCACUCUUCCACUCGUGGGCCACCAUUACUUUGAUGCCACCCUGGUCCCCACAUUCGACUUGUAUACGAAAGGGGAGGUUCCGGUAUCGGAACAAGAUAGAAUAGAAGUCAAGGUCAGGGGACUGAGCUUUGGCCCUGGCGUUGAGGACCCUCCGGCACGCUCUGCAGCACCGUUCGGUUCUUUUGUGUACUACGUAGUAAUGCCGUUAGAACUGGCUGCACAAUUGGCUCGAGUUUCGGGAUUCUCAUUUCCGGUGCCAUGAUGAAUUUGAGCUCAGGAUUUCUAGUAUGGCAUGAGAUGCGGAGGACGACCCACCAGGGGCAUACAUUUACCGGUCAAGGAUGGAGUAUCUUCAAGGAUGCCUAAAGAAGCAUGAUGCCCU